AUGUCUGCAUCCAACCAAGCCCCCACCCCCAAGCAAUUCGUCAUGCGAGACACCUAUGGAGGAUAUAAUCCGCCCGCUGCCGAGCUCGCCUUCACUGCCGCAGUAGGCGCCUUCUUCACCCCCGUCUUUGUAUGGGCCCAGCGGGUCAGGCCGGACUUCAUCUUCAACUCGCUCGCAGCCGAGCUGGCCUAUUGCACCUUCAUGUGGUUCUUCCUCCUCGGCGGUGUCGGCGGAUUGAGUUCGCAGACCUAUGAUCUCCUAGCCUGUCAAAACCUGUUCAUCUGUCGAGGCUUCAGCACGAUGAUGGCCUUUGCGUGGCUCAACUGGAUCAUCUUCACCCUCAUCACCGGCUUCCUGCUCGUCAUCCUCGCAAAGCUCUGGUCCAGGCAGUCGCCCAUCAAGUGGACCGCCCCAACCAAGGUCGUCUACCUCGCUUCCCGCGGCGAACUCGAGCAGUUCUCUGACCCUUCCAUCCCUGAGAAACAAACAACCUCCGCUUCACUCGAGGCUUGA